CAAGAAAAAAAAUAAGGGGCGGGUAUCGAAACCGUCUCGAGAUGGUUCGAGCGGUGCAAAUGCUCAACCACAACCCCCUUACGGAUACACUUCACAACCCCCGUUUUAUUUCCAACAACCUCCACACCCCUCGUUUUACAACACCCAACAACCCAAUUUCGGCUAUUUUCAAAAUUUGCUAUCAAUGGACGCUCCUCCUCAAUCCCCCGCCUUCGACCCAUAUGCUUAUCGUUCUCCACAAGUUCCUUCUACACGAGGAAAUGUCGAACGUCCUCUACCUAUUGACGAGGACGACGAGGACGAUGAGGUAGUGCCCGAAACUCAAAAUUUGGGCGACGACGACGAGGAAUAUGAAUAUAAUGUGGACGAAGACGCGGGCAACGAAGAAGACGAGGCUCGAGAAAAAAAAGGGAAAACGGUGAGCGAAAAAUGGACAAAAGAACAAGAAGAGGCGUUGGCGAAGGCGUGGGUACAUUGUUCUACCAACAAAAAAAAGGGCAAUCAACAAAGUCGCGAAAGUUUUUGGGGUAAAAUUUUAGAGCACUUUAACAAAACUAUCGGUGGAAGUAACCGGACCGUUCAUCAAGUACGGUCUAAAUGGAACCCGAUGCAUGCGAAAAUAAACUUUUUCAACGGCCUAUACCAACAAGCGGAUCGCACACGAGCAAGUGGAUGUCAAGAUCUCGACGUGAUGAAAGUCGCGUUAAAAGAAUUUAAAGAAAGAUUUCCAAGCGGUUUUCAACACAUCGAGGCGUGGGAGGUCGUUCGAAAACACGAGAAAUGGGCCCAAGUCCCAUUGAUGGGCGAGUAAGGUGAAGGUUCGGCACAUAAAAGAAAGCCGGUUGAAGUAGACUUUUCAAUACCGGAUAUUAACGAAGAUCCCUCGCCACAAAGAGCACAACGGCGAGACAAGCGUCAAGCUACAUCGUCCGAGGGAAGCUCGGCCGAGUUGGCGGCACAAUUCAAAGUGUACACCGCCAUGAAAGAAGCGAAGCAAGCGGUAGAAUUGGAGGCGAUCGAAUUGAGGAAAAAAAGAGAGUCGGAGGCUCGCGAGCUCAUAUCGGUACAAAUCGAGACGAUGAAAAACUACAAUUACGAUCGAGAUAUGAAAACCUUCCUUAAGCCGCACGACGAUGUUCCGCCAAGUAUGUUGCCGAUCAUCCUAGCCCGAAAGCGAGAAAUCGCUAACAAGUACGGGUGGCCAUGCGAUUUCUAGUUUGAAUGUAUUUUUUUUUCUAGUUUGAAUGUA